AUGGCGAUAGCAAUUAACCGUUUGGAGUCCCAAGUUCAAGGGAAGUUGCCAUCUCAACCUGAGUUGAAUUCGAGGAAUGUGAGUGCAAUGACUUUGAGGAGUGGCAAGGAAGUUCAAGGACCCGAGCCAGUGAUUCCUAAGGAUAAGGAUGAAGAAAAUAUCGAAAAUGAGCUUGAGAAAGAGUACAGCAAUGGCACAGAUCCAAAGGUACUCCUGGACCCAGUUAUUACAGUUAAAACUAACCCGCCGCCUUUUCCUAACAGGUUGGAAAAAUCGAAGAGGCAAGAUAAGGAGAAGGAGAUCCUGGAGGUAUUCCGCAAGGUAGAGAUUAAUAUUCCCCUGUUCGACGCAAUUAAACAGGUGCCGAAGUACACAAAGUUUUUGAGAGACCUGUGCGUCAAUCGAAGGCAGCUGAGGGGAGAUGAAAGAGUCAUUGUUGGGAAAAAUGUGUCGGCGGUCCUACAGAGGAAACUUUCACCAAAGUGCAGGGACCCAGGUAUCGAGGUUGACAGGGUGAAAAUAGAUAUUAUAUCUGCUUUACCUUACCCCGCGAGUGUGCCGGAGCUUUUGCAAAAAAAUGUGGCCUUCGAAUUCGAUGACAAGUGUGAGAGAGCCUUCAACAAGUUGAACGAGCUAUUAACCUCGCCACCGAUCAUUCAACCCCUUGACUGGAGUUUGCCAUUUGAGAUCAUGUACGAUACCAGUGAUCAUGCUGUAGGGGCUGUAUUGGGGCAAAGAGUAGGAAAGACAGUUCACGUCAUUUACUAUGCAUCCCGAGCUUUGAAUGGGGCUCAAUUAAACUACUCCACUACUGAGAAGGAACUUCUUGCAGAUGUUUUUGCUUUAGAUAAAUUCAGAUCAUAUUUGUUAGGUGCUAAAGUUAUUGAAUUUGACUUGGAGAUAAGGGAUAAAAGAGGUUCAGAGAAUCUCGUAGUCGACCAUUUAAGUCGCAUACCAGUUGUGGAGGAGAGCGAGCCAUUGAAGGAUGCAUUCCCUGAAGAGCACUUGUUCUUUUUAAAUUUCCAAUUGCCUUGGUAUGCUGAUUUAGUCAAUUAUCUAGUAACGGGUAAUUUUCCUGCAGGUUGGUCAAGAUCGAAGAAAGACAAAUUGAAGAGUGAUGCCAAGUAUUUUAUCUGGGACGACCCGUACUUAUGGAAGAAAUGUGCAGACCAAGUAAUGAGACGAUGCGUGGAAGUUAAGGCCACCAGGAGUAAUGAUUCGAAAGUAGUUGCAGAUUUUAUCAGGGUCUUAAUGUCCUACCACCCUCAGACCAAUGGUCAAGCGGAGGUGUCGAAUCAAAAAAUUAAGUCCAUCUUGGAGAAAAUGGUGCGCCCCGAUAGGAAAGAUUGGAAUCAACGGUUGGAAGAUGCACUCUAUGCAUAUCGAACGGCGUACAAAACCCCCAUAGGGAUGUCACCUUACAGAUUGGUAUUUGGGAAGCCGUGUCACCUUCCAGUGGAGUUUGAGUACAAGGCUUUUUGGGCGAUCAGACAGUGUAACACGAACCUCGAAGAGGCCGGUGCCCAAUGGAAGUUGGAUUUGCAAGUAUUGGAGGAGAUCCGAAACGAAACCUACGAAAAUGCACUAAUUUACAAGGCGAAGAGUUGGGCAUUUCAUGACCGACAAAUCUCUAGAAAAACCUUUGAAAUUGGUCAGAAGAUUCUCCUAUACCAAUCCAGGCUCAAGCUCUUCCCAGUUGAAAUCCAGAGUGCUAAGACAGACAACAAAUUUGUGAUGAAUGGACACCGUCUCAAACACUAUUAUGAGGGUCUUGUAAAUGGAGAGGUGGAGGUGUCUCUCUGA